UCGAGCCCGCCCGCCCCACGGCUCACACUCGCAGUCAGUGGGCGAGCCGAGAGCGGCAGAGGUCAACGCGGGGAGGCGGGGCCGGGGCAGCAUGGCAGCCUCCUUAUGGCUCAGAGGAGCCUCCUCUGGUCUCCGGUACUGGAGCCGCGGGCAGCGGCUGGCAGCGGCCAGCCUUGCAGUGGGUCAAUGGCUUCUAAGACUCCAGUUGGAUUUAUUGGACUAGGCAACAUGGGGAAUCCAAUGGCCAAAAAUCUCAUGAAACAUGGCUAUCCACUCAUUAUUUAUGAUGUGUUCCCUGAUGCAUGCAAAGAGUUUCAAGAUGCAGGUGAACAGGUAGUAGCUUCCCCAGCUGAUGUAGCAGACAAAGCUGACAGAAUUAUUACAAUGUUGCCCACCAGUAUGAAUGCAAUAGAAGUUUAUUCUGGAGCAAAUGGAAUUCUAAAAAAAGUGAAGAAAGGCUCACUAUUAAUAGAUUCCAGUACUAUUGAUCCUUCAGUUUCUAAAGAAUUGUCCAAAGAAGUUGAAAAAAUGGGAGCAGUUUUUAUGGAUGCCCCGGUUUCUGGUGGUGUGGGAGCUGCUCGGUCUGGGAACCUCACGUUUAUGGUGGGAGGAGUAGAAGAAGAAUUUGCUGCUGCCAAAGAAUUGCUCGCCUGUAUGGGCUCCAAUGUCGUGUAUUGUGGAGCUGUUGGGACUGGGCAGGCAGCAAAGAUCUGCAACAACAUGUUGUUAGCUAUUAGUAUGAUUGGAACAGCUGAAGCUAUGAAUCUUGGAAUCAGGUUAGGGCUUGACCCAAAACUACUGGCUAAAAUUUUAAAUAUGAGCUCAGGACGGUGUUGGUCAAGUGACACUUACAAUCCUGUACCUGGGGUGAUGGAUGGAGUUCCCUCAGCUAAUAACUAUCAGGGCGGAUUCGGAACAACACUCAUGGCUAAGGACCUGGGAUUAGCACAAGACUCAGCUACCAGCACAAAGAGCCCCAUCUUGCUGGGCAGUCAAGCCCAUCAGAUCUACAGGAUGAUGUGUGCAAAAGGCUAUUCAAAGAAAGACUUCUCAUCCGUGUUCCAGUACCUUCGAGAGGAGGAGACUUUCUGAGUUUGCCCCUGGGCUCUGAACAGUUGGAAACCACACUACCUUGGAGCCUCCUUACAGCUCACUCCACAAGUAAAUGGGUUUAAUCAAAGGUCAUCUAUCUACUUUUGAUUGUCUAGGCCACAGGGAACCCUAGGAUUACUCACCCAUUUUUAACUAUUUAUCCUUUUUAUCUGUUUAGCAGACAUAUAGUAUCUGAAUUUUUAUUUUCUUCCAGCCAUUGAUGGUCUCUGCUGUUUAAUCUUUUUCAAAAGCUUGAUUAUUGAGCAUCUUCAAGUCAGUCAAUCAAGACAUUAUUUACGCCACUUUACAAAAAGAGCAGUUAUUUUUCCAGUAGGAUGGAACCUAUCUUAAAGGAAAGAAAAAAAAUUGGCAUGAGGGGCAGAGUUAGAGAAAGGGGAGAUGUAAUGGGUACUACCCGUGUUUCUCAGCCGUCCCAGGCUCAGCUGUCCUGUUACCUAGCAGAAGUUCUUACAUCACCAGUGUGUUUUCCAGGGAGUUGGUAAAGCAAGAGAACUCCUUGGACUCAGCUGCAGCGUCCCAGGCUGCCCUCUCAUCACAACUCUUAGUAGUCAGCAGAGUUGCUUUGUAAGUUUUUUCUUUCUUAUACAUUCACACUACAUAUUUUUGACUUUAAAAGAAUGACAUCUAGAGAUCUAUUUCAGAGCCAAUGAUAUUUGCUUUAGAUAAUUAUUACAUUACUCUGAAUAUAACCAGAUUAUUUUCAAUUCAAAUAAAUUUCUAUGCUG